AUGUGGCUAGAGCUCCGUCAGAUCUUUGACCAGCUUUCCGUCGACCCCAAUGUCCGUGCCGUCAUUCUUUCUGGUGCCGGGCCUCGCGCUUUUACAGCUGGUCUCGAUGUCAAGGCCGCGUCACAGGGCAUGCUAGGCGGCAAGGAGGGAGUGGGAAAAUUAGAUCCCGGACGGAUUGCGGUUCAAAUGCGGCGGCACGUUGCCAGCUUCCAGGAUUGCAUCACGGCCGUGGAGAAAUGUGAGAAGCCGGUUAUUUGUGUGAUGCACGGAAUUUCCUAUGGGCUCGGAAUCGAUCUCUCGUGUACCGCGGAUGUGAGAAUCUGUUCCAAAGACACCCAAUUCUGUGUCAAGGAAGUGGACAUUGGCCUUGCUGCGGAUAUCGGCACUCUUACUCGGCUCCCUAAAAUUGUGGGCUCCUAUGGCUGGGUGAAGGAGGUGUCUAUGACGGCAAGGCCUUUCGGCGCAGAGGAAGCAAUGCGGGUGGGAUUUGUGAACUCGGUUUACGAGGCGAAGGCGGAUGCUGUGAGUGCGGCCAUUGAAAUGGGAGUUCUGAUGGCGAGCAAGAGCCCCAUUGCGGUGCAGGGAACAAAGGAGCUGUUGAACUGGUCCAGAGAUCAUACCGUUCAGGAUGGGCUUCGGUAUACGGGUGUCUGGAACAGUGCUGCGCUUCAAACGAGCGACGUUGCUACCGCGCUGCUGUCCGGACUGGAGAAACGGACGCCGACCUUUGAGAAAUUAUGA